AUGUCCUGGGCCAUUCUUGAGAGUCUUGUGACCGGGGUCAACAAGUACUCCACAGCUAUCGGUCGUGUUUGGCUGUCGGUGGUGUUCAUCUUCCGUCUGCUUGUGCUGCUGGUGGCUGCAGAGAAGGUGUUUGGUGAUGAACAGAAGGACUUUGACUGUAACACAAGAGAACCAGGAUGUCUCAACGUCUGCUAUGAUUAUUUCUUCCCAGUGUCCCACUCUCGGCUGUGGGCUCUGCAACUCAUCUUCGCCACCUGCCCUUCGCUCAUGGUGCUCCUUCAUGUGGCAUACAGGGACGAUCGGGAACGGAAGCACCAGCUGAAAUACGGCGAGGGAUGUUCUCAUCUCUACGUCAACACCAGCAAGAAGCGCGGCGGGCUGUGGUGGACGUAUCUCUUCAGUUUGGUCUUCAAGAUUUCAGUAGAUGCUGUUUUUAUAUUCCUGGUGUAUUAUAUCUAUGAAGCUAACUUCUUUCCUUUGUUGGUGAAGUGCAAUGAAAAGCCCUGUCCUCAGGUGACGGAGUGCUUCAUCGCACGGCCUACGGAGAAACGCAUCUUUACGGUUUUCCUGGUGGUAACCAGCUUCUUGUGCAUCUUGCUGUCCUUGUCUGAGAUGUUGUAUCUCAUUCUGAAACGCUGCCAUGAGUGUGCCAAAUCACAUGGACGCAAACAGAAGCUCCAUCUGGCUGCCGUUGCUUCUUUGGCCUGCACGGAUAAUCGAGAUGAUAUCCAAGAGAAAACUUUAUUAGAGAAGUCUGCUGAACAUCCUGCUUCAGACAGUGCUCCUGAUUAUAAUAUCGCCAUUUCGUAAGAGCGGGACUUCCUCACUGGAGAAUGUUUGAGAGAUCGCUAAAAAUGUUACAAUGUGAUGGU